GGGGGAGGCGCUAUGGCGACCGGGGCGAACGCCACGCCGCUGGGCAAGCUCCACCCGCCCCCGCCGCCGGCCAAGCCGGGCUUCCCUCCUCCUCCUCCUCCUCCGCCGCCGCCCCCCGGGCUCGGCCUCGCCAUGGCGGCCGCCGCUUUCCCUUUCGCGGCUCUUCCUCCUCCUCCUCCUCCUCCGCCGCCUCCUCCGCCGCCUCCGCAGCCGCAGCCUCAGCAGCAGCCGCCGCCCCCCCCGCCGCCCCCUCAGGCCUCGGCGGCUUUUCGCUUCCCUUCACCCCCCCCGGGACACGACGGCCCCAACAGCGGCAAUGCCAACAACAACGGCAACGCCGCCGCCGUUCCCCCGCAGGGCCCCCCCGGAUCCGCCCCCCCUUCUCAGCAACAGGGGGGGCCGCCCCCCCCGCCCCCUCCCCAGCAGCUCCCGGGACCCCCCGCGCUCCCCGAGAGCGGGGCCGGGGCGGGGGGGGGGCAGGGGGAGCCCGGGGGGAGGCCGGGGGGCGCGCAUAAGGGGGGCAGGAGAGCGGAUUUCCCGCGGAAGCGCAAACGCAGCCGCUGGAACCAGGAUUCGCUGGACCAGAAGACGGUGAUCCCGGGGAUGCCGACGGUGAUCCCGCCCGGGCUGACCCGCGAGCAGGAGCGCGCCUACAUCGUUCAACUGCAGAUCGAAGACCUGACCCGCAAACUGCGCACGGGAGACCUGGGCAUCCCCCCUAACCCUGAGGACAGGUCUCCGUCGCCGGAACCGAUUUACAACAGCGAAGGGAAGCGGCUCAACACCCGCGAAUUCCGAACGCGGAAGAAGUUGGAGGAGGAGCGGCACAACCUCAUCACCGAAAUGGUGGCCCUCAAUCCGGAUUUCAAACCACCCGCUGACUACAAGCCGCCGGCGACGCGGGUGAGCGACAAAGUGAUGAUCCCGCAGGACGAGUACCCCGAAAUCAACUUCGUGGGGCUCCUCAUCGGGCCCAGGGGGAACACGUUGAAGAACAUCGAGAAGGAAUGCAACGCCAAAAUCAUGAUCCGGGGAAAAGGUUCGGUGAAGGAGGGCAAAGUGGGCCGGAAGGACGGACAGAUGCUGCCGGGCGAGGACGAACCCCUCCACGCCCUCGUCACCGCCAACACCAUGGAGAACGUCAAGAAAGCCGUGGAGCAGAUCCGGAAUAUCUUAAAACAAGGGAUCGAGACACCCGAGGACCAGAACGACCUACGGAAGAUGCAGCUGCGAGAGCUGGCGCGCCUCAACGGGACGCUGCGGGAGGACGACAACAGGAUCCUGCGGCCCUGGCAGAGCACGGAGACGCGCAGCAUCACCAACACCACCGUCUGCACCAAGUGCGGCGGCGCUGGCCACAUCGCUUCCGACUGCAAGUUCGCCAGGCCCGGGGACCCGCAGUCGGCGCAGGACAAGGCACGUAUGGACAAGGAAUACCUGUCGCUCAUGGCCGAACUGGGCGAAGCCCCCGUCUCCGUCAGCUCCAACGCCGCCCACAACAACAGUCCCCUCUCCAGCAGCCACCGCGCCGCCAACCAGGCCAGCAGCCAGCCCCCCCCCAGCCGCCCGCCCUGGAUGAACUCGGCGCCAUCGGAGAACCGUCCGUACCACGGACUGCACGGGGGGCCAGGGGGUCCCCACGGUUUCCCCCACCCCAUGGCGGGGAUGGGGGGCGGCGGCGGCGCCCAUGGCGGGGGGCACCCCCUGCAGCAUAACCCCAACGGGCCCCCCCCGUGGAUGCAGCCCCAUCACCCCCCCAUGGGGCAGGGCCCCCACCCGCCCGCCCACCCGGGACCCCACCACAUGGAUCAGUACCUGGGCAAUGCGCCGGUGGGCUCUGGGGUCUAUCGCCUGCACCAGGGAAAAGGUAUGAUGCCGCCGCCGCUGGGUAUGCUGCCCCCGCCGCCCCCCCCGCCCGGUGGGCAGCCGCCCCCCCCCUCCGGCCCCCUGCCCCCCUGGCAGCAGCAGCCCCCGCCGCCCCCCAGCAGCAGCAGCACCCCCUUGCCAUGGCAGCAAAAUACGCCGACCACCACGAGCGCUGGCAGCGCCUCCCUCCCGCCCUGGCAGCAGGGGGGGGCGGGGGCUGCGGGGGGGGCGGCGGCGGCGGCGGCUGCGGGGGGGGCGGCUUCUUCGGGGGGGGGCCCCCCGCGACCCGGCAGCCCCUCCAUGGUGCCUUUACCCCCCGGGGUGCAGCCGCCGUUACCCCCCGGGGCCCCCCCGCCCCCGCCGCCGCCCCCUGGCUCCGGGGGGCUGAUGUACGCGCCCCCGCCCCCCCCGCCGCCCCCCCCCAUGGACCCUUCUAAUUUCGUCACCAUGAUGGGGAUGGGGGUCCCCGCUAUGCCCCCCUUCGCCAUGCCCCCCGCGCCCCCACCGCCGCCCCCCCAGAACUGAAGACCACAGGGAAAA